AAUAUGGUAUAGGAGAGGCUCUGAAGACACAACAGUCUUGUAUUUGUGGUGGCUCAAACACAAGAAAUGACGGAGAAGGAGGCACCAUCUUCUCCAACCUUGGCCCAUUAUUACUCUCACUCUUCCCAGUCAUUCCCUCUCAUUUCCGCCAGAGAUAAUCCUAACCACAACCUCACUCCCCAAAACCACGACGUUGACGUAGACGACGACUUCGAAUUCUCCUUCUCCACCAACCUCCCCGGCUUCUCCCCCGUCUCCGCCGAAGACAUUUUCCUCAACGGCCAAAUCAAACCCACCAGCCCUCUCCUCCACCAAAACGCCCUCGUCCACGCUCCCGCCGAAGCACCCAGACGCUUGCCUCUCAGGAAGCUCAUGCUGGAGGAGCGACCCACCACGGUCACCGUCGUCAACGACCUCGACGGCAUUGAUGCCGGAUCCUACUGCGUGUGGACCCCACAGCACAAGAAGAAAACCUCCGCGUCAAAGCGCUGGAAGUUUCGGAACCUUCUGCCGCGGAGUCACCGCGGGGAUGGCAGGAAGUGGGGCUCCUUCGCCGACAACGGUGGCGCCGCCGCGAAGUUUGUUGGGUUUUUCAGUAACGGCAAUGGACUCGGUCGGAGUAAUUUGCGACCAAGGACAAAAUAGAGUGAUCUGGAUUCUGGAUGGAUGAUGAUGACAUGUUUUUUCUUCUUUUGGUAAUUUCUCCUUAGUUUAAUUCGGAUUAAUUAGUGGACACACAAGUACUGGUAUAUGGACUAUGGAUGUUUUCUUUCUUAGUAAAGUUAUAUAUUAUAAAAGGUAUUCAUUGAAUGGGAAAGACAUGAGUGAGAAAAUAUGUUGAAUAACGAUUGAGAAUUAAUUAUUUAUUAAAUAAGUUUUGU